CAUCGAUCGUUCGUUUGCUCUCUCUCUCUCUCUCCCUCUUUCUCUCCUUCGCUCUCCGCCUUUGAAAUUUCCUACGCUCCUUCCGUCCUCCGUUCGCGAUUCCCUCUCUUCUUCUAUAAAAACCCAACGCUUCUCUCGUCUCCUCUCUCGAUCGACCUAUUCCAGUCCCAGUCGGAAUCCUCCCCUGUUUCGAUUUCGUCUAUUUCUAUAUAUAUAUAAGAGUAGGAAAAAGGGAUUUAUAUAGAUAGAGAUUUAGGAGGAGGAGGAGGCGAUGGCGAAACUCUACGUCCAGGCGGUGCCGCCGGCGGAUCUGAACAAGAACACGGAGUGGUUCAUGUAUCCCGGGGUGUGGACGACCUACAUCCUUAUCCUCUUCUUCUCGUGGCUCCUCGUGCUCUCGGUCUUCGGCUGCACCCCUGGGAUGGCCUGGACCGUCGUCAAUCUGUUCCACUUUGCGAUAACCUAUCACUUUUUCCAUUGGAAGAAAGGAACUCCCUUUGCUGAUGAUCAGGGUAUGUACAAUACUUUGACUUGGUGGGAGCAGAUGGACAAUGGCAAGCAGCUUACACGUAAUCGGAAGUUUUUGACUGUGGUUCCUGUGGUUCUGUACUUGAUAGCCUCCCACACAACUGACUACCAGCAUCCAAUGCUUUUCCUGAACACGCUUGCAGUGAUUGUGUUGGUUGUCGCCAAAUUGCCUAACAUGCACAAGGUCCGCAUCUUUGGAAUCAAUGCAGGUAAUUGAAUGGCAGUGCUCGACAGAUAUCACAGUUGAUAUCUUUUUUGUUGAUUGCUGGAUCCCUAUAUGCUACAAAAUGUGGAGCCCAUCAUGGACUAGCAAGUAGCCCUUAAGUCUUUUAGUAGGUGGUUUGUAAUCUCUGUACAGAAAGCACUUAAAGAAGCUGGAAAUGUUUGUCAUGCUGUGUCUGAUAAAUUAAAGCUCUCUGUAGACUUUCAGGUUGCAAUCUUUUUUUCUGGUACAGUUCUCUCUUUGGGAAGGAAUUUGUUUUGCGGCUAUUUGUGGUGUUACUUUUUUUUUUAUUAUUCCACAUCCAUUUCUGGGCUUUUA